CUAUUUGAUAAAUGAUAAGUACAAACUAUUAUAGUGCGACUGUGCGAGGCGCGAGCACCGAGACUGCGAAGUUCGAAACGAACUUACAAACCAAGAAGUUUAAUCUUAACAUCUUAUUGUGAUUUUUAAUUUACCUAUAAAAGUAUAAAACAUUGGUUUUAAUAUAGAUUUGUAAAAACUAGUUACAAAUAUGAGUAAACUAAACAAAUUCAUAAGUUACACUAUAAGGGGAGCAUUAUUUGGAGCAACAAUAUUUGGUUCAUCAGAAUUAGGUAUAUGGAAAGAUGGUGAAACAUCACGUGAAGUAGCAAAAAUCAUCAUUGCAAUUUUGACACCUAUUGCCAAAAAAGCAGAGUCUGAAAUGCCAGCACAAGUAAAAUCAUUGCCUUCUGUAGAAAAUUUAAAAUCCACAUCUACGGCGUGUUGGAAUAAAGGUGUGUACAACGCUGGCGAGUUUGUUAUUGAUGUACCCAACAAAUGUGUCGUUGCAGCGAAUAAAGCGUAUCAAUUAGUUGAGAUACAAGUGAAUAAAUCAAAACAAAAUUAACAAUGAUUUAUUAUCAUAUUGCGUAAAUAAAACGAUAUAAUCGUGCUAAUAUUCAAUAGCAAUUUGUUUUGUAACUAUUUAAAAUGAUUUGUUUUUGUAAGACAUCGAGUAGAUAAUUUGUUAAAUUGUUUUCUCCUUCUACCAUAUUUAAUUCUCUCAAUAUAGAGCAAUUAUUAUUAUAAAAUAAUUACUGUUGAUUACCAAAUAUAACAUUGGCCCAUGUUUUAUUAAUGUCAUUAAUAUUUUUUCUUGAAUUUUUUGUUCAGUAUCUACAAGUUACUAUUUUGUAGAAUAUAGACUAAAUAGCUAGGGUAUUGAAAAAAGAGAAACAUAUUUUUUAAUAAUAAAAAAAGAAAUGUAUGUACUUCAUGUUUUAAACAUUGAAUAUAACUAUUAACUAUACAAGUUUCAAAAAAUGUUAUAAUGAAAACAUAAAUGCAAUAUUGUUUUUAAAAUAUUCAUACAAAAAUGUAUGUGUAUGUAUAAAACUUAACCAAUAUAAUUAAAAUUGAAAACAA